AUGACUUCAGCAUAUACAACAAAUGACGACUACAAGUUCAAGGACAAGAAAAACGAGGAGAAGGAGGAUGACAUACUUGAGAAAAGUAACUAUUACGAUUAUACAACCUACCUCGACACUAAACGCGAGAAAUCCCUGAAAAGCGACGAUAGUGCGGAAAAAAGCAAGGAGUCUGAAGGGGAGGAACGUCUCGAUUACGGUACACAUGAACUGAAAAGAACCACAAUCUUCGUGGGGGCACACGAUGACCUGGAAGAAACCACAGAUGUCGUGAAGUCACACGUUACUACAGCAAAGGAAAAUGAAACUGUCGAUGAGAAUGUCGUAGAGGAUGCG